AUGUCCGAGACCUUAGCCGCCAACCCGUUGCUUCAAAACCUUGAGAUCGAGGGCAUCCCGUGGUUGGACAUCCACAAGUACACCGAGGCGAUCGUGGUGCCGCCUUAUCAAAGCUGCAACCGCGACUGGUGGUGCCGGUCGAACUUCCACGUCGCCGUCGCCGCCGACUACUUGAAGCAGAGCGACGCGUUCAAGUACGCGUUGUCCCACCGGUGUCCCGGCUACUUCCCCAACCCCAAGGUCAAGGGCACUGCCGUCGAGUUCGUUAGCUAG